AGCCACAGAACAUCAUUCCGCCAGCUCAUCGAGCCAUGUUCGAGAGAUGGUGUAAUUCUCCGUACCGUUUUUGGAGCGAACGCACAGAGUCGUUCCCACUUCCGGAUAGCGGGAGGACAAUGACUGAGUGCAAACACGCGACUUGAUGCUCUCAUUUCGAGUUAAGAAGUCGCGUACUACGAUGGGUGAAGACAUAGGUGAAGACGUGCUUGGGAUGUCGUCGGUAGCGCACGGUGAUGGAUGACGAAGGGGCGUGGUGUGGCCAGCCACGGUUGUCUCAAAGCAGGCUGCCUGUUGAUAGAUGGCUUGAAGUCCUGUGGUCUGUCACGAAGAUGUUUGCAGAUCCACAGCCAUCGCUUGUGCGAUCGGUAUAGGGUCACUUUUAUGCUCAACUGUCCUCGACAGUUGAUUUCCAGCCGAACAUUUAUCAAUCCAUCAUCUCCUUACCUGCCGUCUAAGCAGAUAGCAAGGGUAAGAGAUGACAACCCUAGCAUGGCACUAGACAGGACGGAGGAAUUCAAACAGCAGAAGAAGCAGCCAACUACCUAACCCCCUCGAUCUACAAUCCCCCAAACACACACGAAGGAGCACCAAAGCCCCCCGU